AUCGUCCAUUGGAAUUCUCCAAGAUUCCACUCCUAUCUUCCCGCUGGAAAUUGUUUUCCCGCCAUCUGUGCUGAUAUGCUGAGUGGAGUAUUCUGUAACAUUGGGUUUUCUUGGUCUGCCUGUCCGGCAUCUACUGACUUGGAAAUGGUGAUGUUAGAUUGGCUAGGGAAGAUGCUCCAGCUACCUCAGGAUUUUUUGUUUUCCUCAAAUGGAACAGGAGGUGGAGUGAUUCAGAGUAGUGCCAGUGAAAGCACACUAAUGGCUUUGCUGAGUGCUCGAGAAAAAACCAUUUCCUGUAUCCAAACUAUGAAGAAGGACUGGAGCCGCGGCAUGAUUACGGACAAACUGGUGUACUAUGCAUCAACAGAGGCUCAUUGUUCUGUGGAAAAAGCUGGAUUACUUAGUGGGCUGACGUGUCGCUUGCUUCCAACAGAUGCCGCUUUCAGCCUACAAGGCGACAUACUCCAAGCAGCUAUUGACGAAGAUAGAACCCUAGGUUUUAUACCGUUUUUUGUAGUCGGAACUCUGGGCACAACCAAUUCGUGUGCAUUUGACAACGUCGACAAACUAGGAGAAGUUUGUAAGAAAGAAAACCUGUGGUUUCAUAUAGAUGCUGCUUAUGCUGGUGCUGCUUUUAUUUGUCCAGAAUUUAGAUAUCUUUUAAAUGGAGUUGAAUAUGCCGAUUCUUUCCUCUUGUGUCCUGCCAAGUGGCUGCUCACAAACCAUGAUUGUUGUGCCAUGUGGAUAAAAGACCGAGAAAAUGCUCUUAAACCUUUCUCUAUCACGCCUGCAUACUUGAAGGAAGACGUAGAAGAACAAACCCUCAAUUACAGGAAUUGGGGAAUUACCUUUGGCAGAAAGUUCAGGUCUUUGAAGAUGUGGUUUGUAUUUCGAAUGUUCGGUGUACGAGGUUUACAAACGUAUAUACGAAAGCAUGUAAGCCUUGCCCAUGAGUUUGAAAACCUGGUAAAGAACGACCACAGAUUUGAAGUUUUACUUCCUGUGGUUUUAGGAGUUGUUUGCUUUAGACUGAAGGGUUCAGAGGCACAGAAUGAAGAGAUGUUAAGUGUUAUAAACAAGCGAGGAAAGAUAACUCUGAAGUCUUCAAGAAUACGUAGCCGUGACCUCUACGUUAUCAGGUUUGUUGUUUGUGGCAAAGAUACAGAAAGCGAAGAUAUACUGUUUUCGUGGAGAGAAAUCUGUCUGGCUGCAAAUAAAAUUCUGAAUUCAAAGAAUGAAGAUGACAGGCGUUAACCGUUCUAGUCUUAUAAAAGAAUAGUUCAGUAUUUUGGUUUUAAACGUUUUUGUUGCAGUUUUCUGUCCUUUAAGUUUUAUAAAGUAUUCCCUGAUUUCAAUACAUUUUCUUUCCUGUUAUAAUGGAAAACCCAUUUUUAGCGAUCGAGGACC